AUGGCCGCUGAAGUGGAGAAAGACGAUACGACCAUGGCCAAGAGCAACCCGACGUUUCUCAGGUCCGGCAGCGACACCGACCAGGAUGCUCCGAUCGCCGGAGAACCCAGACGCGAGCCGGAAUUGAAGCGCAAGUUGAAGAGUAGACACUUGCAUAUGAUUGCAAUUGGUGGAACCAUUGGCACUGGCCUGUUCAUCGGAAGUGGAACUGCCCUGGCCCAUUCGGGGCCCGUUGGUGCCCUGAUUGCAUACAUCUUCAUCGGCACGAUAGUAUUCUCCGUCAUGACCUCGCUCGGCGAGAUUGCAACCUACCUCCCCAUCUCCGGCGCAUUCACCUCGUAUGCCACCCGCCUGGUCGACCCCAGUCUGGGCUUUGCCAUGGGAUGGCUCUAUUGGUUCUCCUGGGCCAUCACAUUCGCCCUCGAACUAACCGCCACCGGCUUGAUCAUCCAAUACUGGGAUAGUUCGAUCCCAGUUUCGAUAUUCAUCGCAAUCUUCUGGGUGUUGAUGACUGCGCUGAAUAUGCUCCCCGUGAAUUUCUAUGGUGAGCUAGAGUUCUGGUUUUCGAGUAUCAAGGUCUUCACGGUCAUUGGAUUCAUGAUAUUUGCGAUAUGCAUUGACGCCGGCGCCGGUGACCAGGGCUACCUUGGUUUCCACAAUUGGGUCCACCCUGGGCCCUUUGCGGACUACCUGAUCACCCCAGGACCAACAGCCAAGUUUGUGGGCUUUUGGGCAGUCUUGAUCCAGGCCGGUUUCUCAUGCCAGGGUACUGAACUGGUUGGUGUGGCGGCAGGCGAGACUGAGAACCCGCGUAAAACAAUUCCCAGAGCGAUCAAGACCACGUUCAUCCGAAUCAUUCUGUUUUUCGUCCUCACAGUCUUCUUUAUCGGUCUUCUCGUGCCGUCUGACAAUGAAGACCUUCUCUCAGAUUCAUCAAAUGCAACAGCGUCGCCGUUCGUCAUUGCCGCGAAAUUAGCCGGUGUCAAGGUACUGCCCUCAAUCAUCAACGCGGUUCUUUUGACUGUUGUUCUAUCAGCCGCAAAUUCAAACAUCUAUAGCGGCAGUCGCAUUCUCGUCGGCCUGGCAAAUGAAGGGUUCGCCUUCUCUUUCUUCACAAAGACCACCAAGGGUGGCGUGCCGUUCAUUGGGGUCUUCCUCACGUCGGCCAUCGGCCUGUUGGGUUUCUUGAAUGUUUCAAAUUCAGGUGCAACAGUGUUCAAUUGGUUGUUGAAUAUCUCAGCCGUUGCGGGAUUCAUAGCCUGGGCUACUCUGAACACCUGCCACAUUGCCUUUAUGCGGGCUUUGAAGGCCCGCAAGAUUAGCCGAGAUGUUCUUCCUUACAAAGCACCCUUGCAGCCAUAUCUCGCCUGGUAUGGGCUUGUGGUCAACAUCGUUAUCAUAUUCACUCAGGGUUUCACGUCCUGGAUCCCUUCUUUCAGCGUUGAAAGCUUCUUCGUGGCAUAUAUCAGUCUGAUUCUGUUUGCGAUUCUGUGGAUUGGCCAUAAGAUUAUCUUCCGCGAUGCGUUUGUUUCUCCCUUGCAAGCGGACCUUGAUACUGGCCGCAUUGAGAUCGAGAAUGAGCAUUGGGAAGUCACUAUGCCGACCACUUGGUAUGGUAAGGUUUGGUAUAUGAUUGCUGGUUGA